AUGUCUCAGGCAAGCUUUCUCAAAUCCGGUGGCUCAAGCAAAGGGAAGGAGACCCUGCGACCAAGGUUGCGUGUUAAGCUUCCUGACUUUAAUGACUCCGAGCUGAUCGAGGGUUACUCAAAGACUUUGAUUGGAAGGUGCAUGAAUCCACAGAGGCAGGAUGUAAAGGCGUUGAUCAUCAUCUUCCCCCGUAUUUGGAAGAUGGAGCAUCGUGUGACGGGAGCGGAUUUAGGCUUGGGACGGUUCCAAUUUCAUUUUGAUGAGGAAGAAGACAUCGUCGAGGUGUUGAGAAUGGAGCCGUUUCAUUUCGACUCCUGGAUGCACCCGUUACAAGUUUGGGCGGAGCUGACAUUACGCAGCAUUGGUGAUGCUCUAGGAGAGGUGAAGGAUGUGGACAUUGAAGGUGGCCGGGUUCAGGUGGGGGUUAAUGGGUUCCAUCCCAUUCAUUUGGAGACCACGCUGGAGGCCAAGGGAGGACAUGAAAUUCAGCUCGUCUUACGGUAUGAGCGCUUGUUUGGCUUUUGCAAAGAGUGUUUCAGUCUUUGUCAUGAUGUGGAACAGUGUCCUCUUCUCUACGUACACCGAGUGGAGAGAGACCGCAUCCGCCGGAGAGAGGAGAAGACGGAGGCAAGAGCAUUUAGCUAUAAGGGGGCAGUUCAAAGUUCUCAUGGGAAUGGCGGAAGAAACAAUCCGGUGGAGAGAAGGGGCGAUUACAAAUGGAAAGGCAAGAUGGUGGAAACCAGGGAUGAGGCACCUCACAAACAACAAUAUGAGCAGAGGGGAAGGUCGAGACAAGAGGUACCUUCUGGAGAAGGUCCUUCUCAUCACCGAGGAGCUCCCACUUACAUGCCAAAGAAGGAGAUGCAGAAACGGUAUGGUGGUGCUACGAGGGUUUCACAGAGCUCACUUGAGGAGCAAAAUUUGGCCCAUGAGGCCAAGAUUAAGGAUGUAGUCACGACGAAGGCUCGAGAGGCAGGGCUUCCCCAUACCACUAGCCCUCCGACUCACUCUGCCAAGAAAGUGAGGCGAUCCCUCGCUUUUGAAGAUGAAGAGACGGUAACGGAACCGGUAACGAGCCCGGUGAAAGCAAAUGUGGCGGUAGUUGCCAAUACAGAGGGUGGAGGUGAGGUACGCGAACGGGAGAUGACUGGAGUUCAGGUUCUUUCUGGUACAGGGGAGGUUUCAGCUGGGGAUACGGAGGAUCUGAUCCCAUUCGAUGACGACCUCUUACUCAAGGAUCUCCUGGUGGAGGAGACAGAGACGGGUGAUGCGGAAGAGGAGGAGAGCGGAAUGGAGAGAGAUGAUAGUCCGGUGGUGACUCAGGAGGAUGUGAAUAGUGGACGCUUAGAUGUGAUAAUGCAGGAAGUGCAGGGCCUCAGGGAGGAACCACUGGAGCCGAAAGGUGCGCCAGGUGGACUUAAGGGACGACAAGGAGAGCGUAAGAUUGGCGCCAAAAAGAAGGUCUUCAGAACCAACGUAGGGAUUGGUGGAGGAGCGAUGAGGAAGCUUGCACAGGUUGCUAAAACACCACGCAAGAGAGGGGUAGGUAAGCCAGGAAUGGGGGACAAGGUGGAGCCAAAGACCGGAAAGGAGGGGCAGGGUGGCGGACAAACGAACCCAGAAUGA